AUGAUUGAAUGCAUCGAGAAUUACAUAAAAACGUUUAAGGAGAAGGAAAACCUGUAUGUGAAAAAAAAAGUGUCCAUCAUUGGGUCCCCCCUGUCGGCUGGACAGCCCUUGGGAGGGGUGCACCUGGCAUGUGACAAUUUGAGGAUGCUCGGUCUGCACAAGGUGAUAGAGGCCUUGGGCUGGAGUUACGAAGACGUAGGAAAUGUUGGCGCUGCUGGAAGUGUUGGCAGCGGGGGAAGUACCGACAGUGGUGGAAGUAUUGGUAGCGAUGAAGGUACUGACAGCGGUGGAAGUGAUAUAGACAAAGAUAUCGGCGGGAGGAGGACCUACGAACAGGCCGAAAUGAACGGAAGGCUAAACACGCACAACAGCAGCUCUGCACACACGGAGAAGUACCAUCACGGAAUGGAAAAACUUAACGGAGAUACAAAAUUAAACCACUGCUGCAAUGGCAAAGAUAAUGCCAAUUGGGAAAAUCAUAGCAACAGGAAUGAUCACAGGGGAGAAAGAUGCAUGACGAAUAAAUGCGUACAAAAUAACUACUAUGAUAAUAUAAAAAAUGUUGAAAUUAUUGGAAAAUUUAGUGAAAAAUUAUUUCGCAAAAUGAGUAACGAAUUGAGGAAGAAAAAUUUUGUAUUAAACAUUGGAGGUGACCACAGUGUGGCAUUUCCUAGCAUCCUGAGCUCUUUGCAAUUUUACAGAGAUUUAAGAGUCAUAUGGAUAGAUGCCCAUGGAGACAUUAACAUCCCGGAGACCUCUCCCUCAGGAAAUUAUCAUGGCAUGGCAUUAGCUCACACCAUAGGGCUCUUUAAAAACAAAGUGCCAUGCUUCGAGUGGUCUGAAAAGCUCACUUAUUUAAAACCAGAAAAUGUGGCCAUCAUUGGAAUAAGAGACAUCGAUAUAUAUGAAAAAAUUAUUUUAAAAAAAUGCAACAUUAAUUAUUAUACAAUCUUUGACAUUGAAAAAAAUGGCAUAUACAAUACCAUCUGUACAGCCCUUAACCUGCUAGAUCCCCAUGAAAAUUGCCCCAUACACAUUUCUCUCGACAUUGAUAGUGUCGAUAGCUUUUUCGCUCCAGGAACCGGAACCAUUGCCAAGGGCGGCCUAAAUUACAGAGAAAUUAAUUUACUAAUGAAAGUCCUGGCAGACACAAGGCGCGUCGUUUCAAUGGAUUUGGUCGAGUAUAACCCAUCUCUCGACGAAAAUGACAAAAAGGUUCACAGCGAUUCCUUGCCCAUUUCGGAGUAUGCCACGAAAACGGGCAGGCUUUGUCUGGAGCUUAUUGCCAGGGUCCUCGGCAACGACAUCGUCUAG